GCCUUGUCAAUUAUUUACUAAACGCUGUCCCUCACUCAACUCUCACACACUUCCUGGUCUCACGCAGCUGGUCUGGCCAGCAGUAAAUAAAAGGCUGUCGCAGUGAUUUGGAGCUUCGCAGAGGUUUUAGCUGCUGCUGAGAAGAGACCUGCUCUAAUGGGAUACUUCCUCUACUUGUCUGCAGAGACAUGGACUCUGCUGGUUGCUCUCAUCACACUGGUGUUUGUGUAUUCAACCUGGACUUUCGGGACCUUUAAGAAAUUAGGCGUCCCUGGUCCCAAACCCAUCCCGUUGUUUGGCACUAUGCUGGCAUAUAAAAAAGGAUUCACCAAUUUUGAUGAGCAAUGCUUUAAGAAGUAUGGGAAAACAUGGGGCAUUUUCGAUGGGCGUCAGCCAGUGCUGUGUAUCACAGACCCUGCCAUGAUAAAAACUGUCCUGAUCAAGGAGUGUUACUCUUUCUUCACCAAUCGAAGGAACUUCCGUCUGAACGGGCCGCUGUACGAUGCUGUGUCUAUUGCUGAGGAUGAUCAGUGGAGGAGGAUCCGCAGCGUUCUCUCUCCUUCCUUCACGUCAGGGAGACUGAAAGAGAUGUUUAGCAUAAUGCAGCAUCACUCUGCUAUCCUGGUUAACAACAUGAAGAAAAUGGCGGACAAGGAUGAGCCACUGGAGAUGAAGGAGUUCUUUGGACCCUACAGUAUGGAUGUUGUAGCAAGCACGGCCUUCAGUGUAGAUAUUGACUCUCUCAACAACCCCUCAGAUCCCUUCGUCACGAACAUCAAGAAGAUGCUCAAGUUUGAUUUGUUAGACCCUCUCUUCCUUGCAGUUGCCUUGUUCCCCUUCCUUGGUCCCAUAUUUGAGAAAAUGGAGUUUUCCUUUUUCCCUACAUCGGUGACGGACUUCUUUUAUGCUUCACUGCAGAAGAUCAAGUCCAGCCGGGAGACCAGCAAACAACAGGAAAAUCGUGUGGAUUUCCUCCAGCUGAUGAUUGACUCUCAGAAAAACCUAAAUGGAGGCGAUAAAGACAAAGCUUUGAGUGAUCACGAGAUCCUCUCCCAAGCCAUGAUCUUCCUGUUUGCUGGCUACGAGACGACCAGCAGCACUCUCACUUUCCUGGCUUACAAUUUGGCCACCAACCCAGACGUCAUGAAAAAGCUGCAGCAGGAGAUCGACGCCACCUUCCCCAACAAGGGUCCCAUUGAAUACCAGGCCCUCAUGGACAUGGAUUAUCUGGAUGCUGCCAUCAACGAGUCUCUCCGAUUGUACCCGAUCGCCGCACGUCUGGAGCGAGUCGCCAAGGCAUCUGUGGAAAUAAACGGCCUUGUGAUUCCUAAAGAUAUGGUGGUCAUGGUCCCCACCUGGCCGUUGCACCGAGACCCUGAAAUAUGGCCCGAACCAGAGAGGUUUAAACCUGAGAGGUUCACCAAGGGAAACAAAGAGACAAUCGAUCCGUACACAUACAUGCCAUUUGGAAUGGGACCGAGGAACUGCAUCGGGAUGCGAUUUGCUCUGGUGUCCAUGAAACUUGCCCUUGUGGAGGUCCUCCAAAAGUUCAGCUUUUCUGUGUGCAAAGAGACUGAGGUCCCCUUUGAGAUGGACGUGCAAGGUCUGCUGAGUCCAAAACGACCCAUCAAGCUGAAGCUGGAGCCACGUUCUUAAAUUUCCAUUUUGAAACAAGAAAAAUGAAUUCUUGAAUGAAAAGUUAUCGUUAAAACCCACCUUUGUACAAAUGGUCAUGUAUAAUCACAAUAAAUGUAAUAUUUUCACUGCAAGAGUAAA